AUGGACGGAGAAGAGGUCACGGCGAAGGCCGUUCACAAGGACGAAAAUCCUGCUAGCGUUGAGCACGCUGAAAAGCCACAGCAGCGACACGAUGUCUUCGACAUCGAAGGGCGCUCGGGCGGUCUUAACGCCGUAUUUGAAAACCCCUUGGCAGGCGUGCCGCGAGAGCAACUCCUCGACGACGUGGAGCGCUUUUGUCGCCAGUACGGUCUCGAAGCGCACUUGGACGAAUUCCGCAAGGGCGCCUUGAUCUCACAGAAUCCGCAGGGCGCAUUGGACCUCCCUGACCUGACCGAGGCGGAUAAGGAGACCCUAAGGCGAGAACAGACGCAUAAAUGGUCGCAACCUUGGCAGCUUUACUUCAUGGCUUCCAUGUGUUCUCUUGCAGCCGCUGUACAAGGUAUGGAUGAGACUGUCAACAAUGGCGCCCAGGCGAUCUAUCUUGAUGAACUUGGGAUCACUGCACCCCGGUUUUCGGAGCAAAUGCAAGAUUACCUUACCGGGCUUGUCGUUGGCGCUCCCUAUCUAGCGUGUGCAAUUCUCGGUUGUUGGCUCACCGAGCCUAUGAACAGAUACCUGGCGCGACGUGGGACAAUCUUCUGGUCUUGCUUCAUUGCAGCAGUGGCUUCCAUCUGGGAAGGCGUGGCUAAUUCCUGGGUUAACCUCUUCAUUGCACGGUUUGUCCUUGGCCUUGGUAUUGGUUCCAAAUCGUCGACCGUGCCCGUGUAUGCGGCUGAAUGUUCCCCGGCCCCCAUCAGAGGUGCCCUUGUCAUGAUGUGGCAGAUGUGGACAGCAUUCGGCAUUAUGCUUGGUAAUAUCAUGGGCGUUGCUUUCAUGGGCGUAUCGAGGGAUCUCUCGUGGCGUCUUAUGCUCGGAUCAACCGUGGUCCUGCCCCUUGUUGUCUGCGCGCAAGUCUAUUUCUGCCCGGAGUCCCCUAGGUGGCUUAUUCAACACAACCGAAUUCACCAGGCUUUCAAGUCUUUCCGCACGCUCCGCCCCACUGAUCUGCAGGCGGCCCGAGACUUGUACUACGCGUACGUCCAGGUGGAGCUGGAACGGAAAGUCAACACCGGGAAGAACUUCUUCUCCAUGUUCCUCGAGCUCUUUACGAUCCCACGCAAUCGUCGCGCCACGCUUGCUAGCUGGAUUGUCAUGUUUCUGCAACAAUUCUGUGGAGUGAAUGUGAUAGCUUAUUAUUCCACAACCAUUUUCGUUGAUUCCGGAUAUAGUAUCCAGCAAGCCCUAUUGGCCAGCAUGGGAACAGGGAUCUUGAAUUGGGUUUUUGCACUCCCCGCAUUCUUCACCAUUGACACGUGGGGCCGCCGGAACCUGCUGCUCUUCACUUUUCCAUUCCUAGCCAUCUGGCUUCUCUGGACUGGGUUCUCGUUCUGGAUUGACCCGGAGGACUCAACCAGUAAGAAGCGGGUGGCCAUGGUCACAACGGGCAUGUAUCUGUUUGAGGUUUUCUAUUCCCCGGGUGAAGGACCUGUGCCAUUUACCUAUUCUGCCGAAGCAUUCCCACUGCAGGUACGUGAGGUUGGCAUGUCAUGGGCCACUGCGACAACAUGGUGUUUCAACUUUAUUCUGUCGUUCACCUGGCCUAUGCUCCUAAGAGCAUUCAAGCCUCAGGGUGCAUUCGGAUGGUAUGCCGCGUGGUGUGUGAUUGGAUGGUUCCUAGUCCUGCUGUUUGUACCAGAGACUAAGGAACUCACACUGGAAGAGCUUGAUCAAGUCUUUUCAGUCUCGACGCGCAAGCACGCAUCCUACCAAUUGAAAAAUGCAUGGUGGCAUUUCCGCGUUUGGGUACUUCGGCAGAAGUUGGAGCCACUGCCCAGAUUCUAUGAGCAUGCGGAGAACCUGGCGGAAGGGCACGCGGAGGGCCACCCGCAGGAGUAUAAUGAGAAAUGA